UUUCGCCCGCCUCCCCACCACUCUCCAACCUUCCCUUCUACAUCAUCAUCACCCACUCAACCAACCAACAAUCAACAACAUUCAUCAAUCAACAUCGCCUUUUCGCCAUCAACAAUCGCGACCUCCAUAACUUCAUAUUUUUCAUCAAUCACAAAUCAAUCACAAUGGCCCGCACAAAGCAGACUGCCCGCAAGUCCACUGGUGGCAAGGCUCCCCGUAAGCAACUUGCCUCCAAGGCUGCUCGCAAGAGCGCUCCCUCUACCGGAGGUGUCAAGAAGCCCCACCGCUACAAGCCCGGUACCGUCGCUCUUCGUGAGAUUCGUCGUUACCAGAAGUCGACCGAGCUUCUGAUCCGCAAGCUCCCCUUCCAGCGUCUGGUUCGUGAAAUCGCCCAGGACUUCAAGUCCGACCUCCGCUUCCAGUCUUCUGCCAUCGGUGCUCUCCAGGAGUCUGUCGAGUCAUACCUUGUCUCGCUCUUUGAGGACACCAACCUGUGCGCCAUCCACGCCAAGCGUGUCACCAUCCAAUCCAAGGACAUCCAGCUGGCCCGUCGCCUUCGCGGCGAGCGCAACUAGACUUUCCUCUUCAAAUUUCACACGCGUCUAUUGGCUUUUGUUAUGAUUCCACAGGGAGAACUGUGAUUUGGGUCGUUACUGGGAACAUGGGCGGAUAAUAUGGCGUUUGCGACUACCUUAUUCUUUAUUUUGAUUUUAUGGGAGAGGCUGUACAUUAUGCACACCAAAGCGCCAGUACGAGAGAAGCUGGACGCACCCUCCCGGCGAUGAAUGACAAACUACUGAACUUAAGAAAAUCCUGGACCCCCAGUAACAACCAUGUUUGGCUGAUCUGAAGGCGACAACACGUCCCGCACCGUUUAAUCCGACCCGUUGGUGACCAUGGCAGUCGCUUUCGCAACUGCUACACCGGCCUGUAGAUGACCCAUGGC